GAGUCUAAAGGUGGGAAGGGAGAAGAAAGGAGAGAGGAGGAAAACGGUAAAAGGCACAUAAAACAGAAACGGGGGGAGAACGGUGGAUGAUUUACGCUUUAAAAGUCGCACUACAGCUACUUGAAGAGUUGCGGCGAAGAGGAACAGAACAAAAUGAUAACGCCUUACUUCCUAGAAAAUUUCUGGGGAGAAAAGAACAAUGGCUUUGAUGUGCUGUACCACAACAUGAAGCACGGGCAGAUUUCCUCCAAGGAGCUGACGGACUUCAUCAGAGAAAGGAGUGUCAUUGAAGAGGCCUACGCCAGGUCCAUGACCAAACUCGCCAAGUCGGCUGGCAACUUCUCUCAGCUGGGGACCUUUGCACCAGUAUGGGAUAUCUUCAAAAGCUCAACGGAGAAACUGGCCAGCUGUCACAUGGACCUAGUGAGGAAGCUGCAAGAGCUUAUAAAAGAAGUGCAGAGAUACGUGGAAGAACAGGCCAAAGCACACAAGAAGACAAAAGAAGAAGUGGCACCGACCCUGGAAGCCGUCCAGAGCAUCCAGUCCAUCUCUCAGUCUCUCCAGAAGUCCAAGGAGAACUACAAUGCCAAAACCGUGGAGCAGGAGCGGCUCCGCAAAGAGGGGGCCACCCAGCGAGAAGUGGACAAGGCCGGAGUGAAAGCCAAAAAAGCCAUAGAGACCUACAAGUCAUACGUGGAGAAGUACGCUUCAGCCAAGUCCGACUUUGAACAGAAGAUGGCAGAAACUUCACAGAGAUUCCAGGACAUCGAGGAAAACCACAUUCUCCACAUGAAGGAGAUCAUCCGCUCAUACUCGCAGUCUGUGGAGGAAACGCACGUUCAGAUCGGAGAGGUGCACAAUGAAUUUGUGAGGAAUAUCGAGAACACUUCGGAGGAAAGCUUAAUACAAAAGCUGUCUGAGAGCAAAGGAACAGGCAAGGAGAGGCCAGGACCCAUCGAAUUUGAGGAAUGCAACACGGCCAUCGCAACAGAAGGUGCCAAACCCAGGAAGAGGAAAACGUUUGGCAUUCCCGGCCGCAAGAAAGACAAGGACACGGACUCGACUGAGUCGACAGAAGUCGAAACUGCUAACACUGCAAAUGGUGCUCCCCCAGGAUAUUAUGGCUCCAUAGACAUCCAGAACGCUAAUGUGCCUCAAGUUGACGCCGAGGGAUUCUGCAUCAGACCAGAAGUGAACGAAAACCAUCCCAAAGACAACUCCUUCUACUCGUCCAGCGACUCCGAGGACGAAGACGAGCCCAGGAAGUUCCACGUGCAGAUCAAGCCCGUCCAGCCCAACAACGGCACGCAUCAGAACCGGGCCAACAUCGACGAGCUCAAAGCCUCCAUCGGAAACAUCAUCCUGUCGCCCUCCACCUCGGGACAAAUGCGGAGGAACCAGUCCAGGUUUACUGGAGUAUCUACCUUAAGAUCUAAGGCUAAGGAUGACGAACUAGUGAAACCCAGAGGGUCAACGCCAUUCGAGCUGAGCAACAACGACCUUCUGUUUCUGGAUCCGCUGAACUCUGCUUCAGGAGUCGGGUCCUCCUCCUCUGUGUCGUCCCCAGCAGACCUCGCUUCUGUCUUCUUUCCAAUCCCUUCAUCUCCAUCUUUUCUGAUGAAUGACUCUGAGGUCUUUCUGUCAGAGGCAGCAGUCGACACUGCGAGCCGCUUUACCCCAGUGGCAGAGCGACAGCAGUCCAAAGAUGUCUCCUCUUUCUCCUCAUCCACCACCUCUCCCUGGGAUUCCCCCGAAAACACUUCCCAAGGGCUGAGGCCUGCGCCCGUGAGGGCCCAGAGUGCCCCCAUCACCCAGCCCACCGAGCCAAUCGACCCCGUCAAAAGCCCGACCGCCGCCAGCCCCCCAAAGACCCCGAAGUCCGUUGACAGCUUCUCCUCUGUGUCCUGGUCUCAGAGCCAGUGGAUUGCUUUUGGGGAUAGGUCCGCUCCGCCUUGCUGUCACGGCUCAGGCUCUUCCGUAGCGGAGGUCCAGAAGGCUCCGGCUGGCGGCUUCGGCAGGGCGAGCCGCUUCCUGUCGGACGAGUCUGCAGAUGCUUUCUGCAAAGCAGCAGCUACGGCGGUCAGAGAGGACAGCAGUGUCUGUUUCGUUGACGUCUUCUCUGAUAGGACAGUAGCAGCAAGCAAAGUAUUUCAUGGUAACAUGCCAGUACCAAACCGACCUACGACCCCUCUGGCGGCUGGAGCCCUCGUCCCACCACCUCGUCCUUCGUCCAGACCCAAACUUCCCACCGGAAAACUCACGGGAAUCAAUGAAAUUGUCCGGCCUUUCAGCCCACCCAAAGCAUCCAAUGCCAGCCCCCCUCCGACGGCACCGCUCGCCCGGGCCGAGAGUUCUUCCUCGCUGUCCUCGAACGCCUCGCUGAGUGCCGGGAACACUCCCACCGUCGGAUCUGAACUCAUUUUUGCUCCUCCCCUCUCCUGCUCAGGGUCUGACCUCAGCAACUUUUCUCCUCAUGUGCUUCUAAACCAAAGGACGUCUCGCGGUCCGAGUCCUGUGACCCUGGCAUCCCAAGAUGCCUUGCCCAUCGCCGUGGCCUUCACGGAAACAGUUAAUGCUUACUUCAAAGGAGCUGAUCCUGCCAAGUGCAUCGUGAAGAUCACCGGCGACAUGACGCUGUCGUUCCCCAUGGGCAUCAUCAAGGUGUUCACCACCAACCCCUCCCCGGCCGUCCUCACCUUCAAGCUGAAGAACACCAGCAGGCUGGAGCAGAUCCUGCCGAACCAGCAGCUCCUAUACAGUGAUCCUUCCCAAAGCGACUCCAACUCCAAGAACUUCUGGUUCAACAUGCAAGCCCUGACAUCCUACCUCAGAAAAGCCUCCGAGCAGAAUCCGUCGGCCUCCUACUACAAUGUGGAGAUCUUAAAAUACCAGGUGCUGUCCGACGGGAUCCAUUCGACUCCUCUCAACCUGGCCGUGUACUGGAAGUGUACGCCGAGCACAACAGACCUGCGGCUGGACUACCGCUACAACCCGGAGUCCAUGGACUCGCCCGGACCGCUCACCAAUGUACAAGUCCUGGUACCCGUCGACGGGGGAGUCACCAACAUGCAGUCUCUACCCAACUCCGUCUGGAAUUCAGAGCAGAGCAAGUGUCUUUGGAAGCUGAGCGACAUCUCGGAAAAGACUGACAAUGAAGGCGCCGGCUCUCUGCGGGCCAAGUUUGAGCUCUCGAAUGGCCCUUCGAACCCGUCCACUUUGGCGGUCCAGUUCAUGAACGAGGGCAGCACCUUGUCAGGAGUCGACAUGGACCUGCAGGGGACUGGAUACAGACUUUCGCUCAACAAGAAGAGAUUUGCCACGGGUCGCUACAUGGCAGACUGCUGAGGUGACCCUGGCCCCGUCUCAUCUCCGAUCAAAAGAAAAACCGAAGCGUCCCGAUUCGCCGGAGCACUUAUGCCCACGGUUUCGCGCAGGAAGCCAGAAUCUCACUACAGUAAAACAGCACUGAGUAAAGAACACUGUUUAAAGAGAAAAUUAAAAGAAAAAAAAAAGAAACUCAGAUGAGCUUUCAGCAAAUUUGUAGAUAUGAAGUCUAAUAAUGCUUUCCGAUCAAUUAUGUACAGAGACAAUUUAUUGAUUCGCCAUAAAUUUAUAUUGUAUUUGAAAUUUAGAAAAAAAAAAAGGAAAAAAAAAACAUGCACUAACAACUUUUCCAGAAGCUAUUUUCCCUCUUUCCUUAGGCGUUUCUAAGAGCCUAAGGAAUAUGGAAUCUUCUUUUGCAUGCUGAUGAGUUGAAAAGCUCUCACCGAACUGUAAAUAAUAAUUCUUGACUCCCAAAAUCGGCUCUCUUUUACUGAUUUUUCUCUGCUUUUUAAACAUGUGCAAUGAAGCAAUGAAGGUCGAUUCUGUCUCCAACAGGACUCUCACACUUGUGGCACAAACUUGAUCUUAAAUUGUUCUGGUGCUCUCAGAAAAUGCAAAAAAAAGAAAAAAAAAAUUAUACAAAAUCCAACCUCAGUGCCUGAUCUUGUACUGUGGAACAGAAGUAAAAAAAGAAGGAGAAAACUGCCUCCAUCCAUUUCCAGAUUUCCCGGGGUUUGUAAUUUGCAAAACAGAUCCUGUAGACGUUUUUCGAUAAACCCUUAAGUGCUGACGUUUUUUUUAAACGGGAGUCUCCAAAUCAUCUGUGAAACACUGUGGCGAAUGUUGGAGACUUAAAAACAAAAACCGAGGGACGUUGAACCAAAUUUAACUUUAACCGCCUUGAAAAAAAAACGUGCCUAAAUCGGGUUUUUAUUCGUUUUUUUGUUCUUUUUCUACUUGUUUUGUAUUCCGCAGCACAGUUUAUGAGAAAAGCACCGACAAUGUGCCCGGUGUGGUAUUUACUCCUUUUUUUGGAUAUUGAAGGGAAAAUGUCACCUCGUUUUAGUCCCGACUGUCUUCCGGAAAUAUGUGAUUCUUCUUCGCCUUCUUUGGUUGAAAACAAAACGUUAAUUUGGUUUGUUCUCCGUCGAGUAGCCUACGUGUCGUCGGGUUUUUAGCUAAUAGCAUCACCACAGGGCUAAAAAUAACGACGCCUUACCGCGACUUAUCUAGCGUUGUCGAUGCUGUGACGCCAUGCUGCCAUUAAACCUGCGACGGACUCCUCCUCUGUGAGCACAAAAAACAAAAUAAGUCGCCACGUUUAAAAUCUUGGUGCUUUAUUAGAACCUUUUUCUAACAAAUGGUUCCCGCUUCAAAGUUCUUUUUUUUUUUUUACUUUCUGGUGGAGAAGUUCUAACUCGUAACUUUUUAGCUGGUUGAGAUCAUCCGGUCGUCCUCAGAUUUGGUAGUAAUUUAAAGCGGGAUCACUUUACACGGUAGCUAUUUGACAUCUCCAUGAGGAAUAAAUUAAAUACGGCUCAGAAAACCGUACCUCGUUGCGGUCCACCGCGUGUUUACUUAUCGACAUAUCGACGAUAAAUCCACCAGGUGUCUCUGUUUUAAAGCUGUAGCGCACCGUUGCCAGAUUUGAGUCGUGUUUUUUGCAAGUUUGUAAACUGAAGCGUUCACCAUUAAACUAAAGUGCUGACACUAAUCUAAAUGUGCAUUCGCAUUUUGUUGGUACAAUGUCACUAUUUUGCCCCAAUUUACAAAAUAAAUUUUAAAAAAUCCUAACGAAAUCGACUUAAGGCUUUCAACUUGUUUGUUUAAAUAGUAUUGUUUUUCCCGCUCCACCCUGAGCAAGGCAAACACUUUUUAUGAAUGAGCCCACCCGUUCUGAAACUGUAUUGAAGAAUAAGCAAGCUGGUUCUUGCUGUCGCCACAAAACUAUAACGCAUUUUACAGAGGUCAUCUUCCAGGCCCCGCCCCCUUUUUUUCUUAUUGUUUUGUAUCAAAGAGCAAGGUCGUGUCAGUGAUUGUCACGUUUUUAUCAAUUUCUCUGCCAUUUCUGUCUGUUUUAUGAUUUCUAAUUGCACCUGUAUUAAAUGUGUAAUAUAUGAAUAUAUACAAAUAUAUGAAAAAUGAUGACUUUAAA